GUGCUUGCAGAGUAGAUGCUGCAGUUCAGAUGCCAAAGCCUUUGGUGGGAGCACAAACAGGGGCACAUUGUUGUGGAAGCAGUUCUGCCAUCUCAGCAGUUGCAGCUGCUCGCCUCGGUGCUGCCAGGGCAGCUCAUGCCACACGCUGACGCUGUGCAGCAGCGAUGCAGGAGCUGUAAGUGCUCUGUGGAGGCGUUCAGGGCUCCAGGAGGUCCCUGUGGACGCAUUUGUAGAAUUGAAACCCCGAGGAGCUACAGACUCCUUCUGGCUGAGGACAUCGCAGCAAUGGAGCGGCUGGUGGAACGGCUGGAGAGGGCCGUGGAGCGCCUGGAGACCGUGUGCCAAGGGCCUGGCAUGUGUGGAGAUGGCUCUUCCCCGGGAGUGGCUCAGUAUGUGCAGGCUUUCGAUGCCAUUCUGUCUGGCCCAGUAGCUGAAUACAUCACCAUCAGCAAAGAAGUUGGCGGGGAUGUGCAGAAGCAUGCUGAGAUGGUUCAUGCAGGUUUGAUGACCGAGAGGUCCCUUCUGGUGACAGCAUCUCAACAUCAACAGCCAUCAGAGAAUGUGUUUUCAACGCUUCUGAAACCGAUUUCAGAGCAAAUCCAGAUGGUGCAGAAUUUAAGGGAGAAGAACCGAGGCAGCAAACAGUUCAAUCACUUAUCAGCAGUCAGUGAGAGCAUCCCAGCCCUGGGCUGGGUGGCCAUGUCUCCAAAGCCUGGUCCUUAUGUAAAGGAAAUGACUGAUGCUGCCAUGUUUUACACCAACCGUAUCCUUAAGGAGUACAAGGAUGUAGAUAAGAAGCAAGUGGACUGGGUAAAGGCCUACCUGCGUAUCUGGAGCGAGCUGCAGGCCUACAUCAAGGAGUACCACACCACGGGGCUGACCUGGAGCAAAACGGGUCCUGUGGCAACAGAAGGGGCCAAAGCGCCAUCCGUGCCCCCCGCUGCAGCGGCUCCGCCUCCCCCCGGCCCUCCUCCCCCCCCUGCUCCCUCCCACCCCAGCUCUGGUGCGGACGACUCUGCGACCCGAUCUGCGCUCUUUGCCCAGAUCAAUCGGGGAGAGGGCAUCACGUCGGGCUUAAGACAUGUUUCAGAUGAUAUGAAGACCCACAAGAAUCCAGCACUGAAGAACCAAGGAGGUCCUAUAAGAAGUGGACCCAAGCCUUUCACUUCUUCCAAACCAGCUUGUAGUGUUAAUCCCUCCCAAAAAACCUCUCCAAAGCAACCUGCAUUGCUAGAAUUAGAAGGCAAAAAGUGGAGAGUGGAAAACCAGGAAAACGCCACUAACCUGGUAAUCAGUGACACAGAACUGAAGCAGGUAGCAUAUGUUUUCAAGUGCACAAAUAGCACACUCCAGAUCAAAGGCAAGAUCAAUUCCAUCACCCUUGAUAACUGCAAGAAGCUAGGUCUGGUGUUUGAUGAUGUGGUGGGCAUCGUAGAGAUAAUAAACAGCAGGGACAUCAAAGUUCAGGUAAUGGGUAAAGUGCCAACGAUCUCCAUCAACAAAACAGACGGUUGCCACGUGUAUCUGAGCAAGAACUCCCUAGACUGCGAAAUCGUCAGUGCCAAGUCCUCAGAGAUGAACGUCCUUAUUCCCGCCGAGGGCGGUGACUUUACUGAAUUCCCUGUCCCAGAACAGUUCAAGACAGUGUGGAACGGUCAGAAGCUGGUUACCACUGUGACAGAAAUUGCUGGCUAAGCAGAACGGCUCCAAGGCUCGUGCCCUCCCUGGCUCUGCUGUGGGACAAAUCUGCUUUCAGAUGAUUCUCUUAGAUUUCUCGUACCUUUCUGCUCUCAAACUGCUUUUCUACCCGAGAGACACGGCUACCUGCCAUCACUGAAAUACCUCUGGCUGGGAUUUGGUAUAGGUGACGGGCCAGGUGUUGUCCACAUCUAUUAGCAGGAAGGUUUAUUUCCCCCCUCCCUUGUCUGAUCUAACUGCACCAAUUAAUCAUGUCAGAUUUUGGGUGAAUUCAAAGCCAGUACUGGCAGCUGGCUUUCAGAGUGUUGUUCGGUUUCUUUUUUUUUUGUAUUGCCUUCAGGCAAAUUGAUCCUGUGAGAGGAGUGUUGUUCCCUUUUUAACAAAUGAUGUCUGUUGGGGUCCAGAAGUACACGGUUGCUAUUGCAAAUAUCUGAAGAAGGUCCUGGAAGCUGCCCAUUCCAGCUCUUUAUACUAACCAGUGGCAUUACAGGACUUGGGAAUGGCUUUGUUGGACCAAAGGCUGAGGACUUGGACCAUAGCAUUCCACCCCGAUUUCCCUUUCAUCAUUCCUAUUAGCUCAGUGUGUUUCUGAUUGUGCCAUGACAGGAGGCUUUCUAUUAAUCAGUGCCACAGGAAGACUGCGGAGAACUAACUGCGUUUUUCCCCUCCAGCAGUCUUGCUGGUAAUUUGGAGCUGAGCAUCUCUUCCCAUGAGCCCUCCACCUUCUCAAGGGAGGCUUUGUUCCAGGGCUUCCUGCUCUGAGCAGCUGAACUCAGGUUCAGUCUUCCAGACAGCUCUGAACCUGUUCCUCCUGCAGAGGAAAGGUCUCCUUCAUUCCAGGGUCAGUAGUGCAGUAUUGUAAAUUGCCCAAGUGGGAUCAAAUCAGUUCAUUGCUCUCUUCCUCGUCUGCAAUCAGUCACCAGAGGUGAAUCUUCUCAGACUGCCCUUUCCCCCGUUGCUUGGCUUUUUAUUUUGAUGGAAGCUUGUAGCCUCUGUUCUGUAGCACUGGAACAGAGAGCUGCAGCUAAGACAUAGUACUGUAUUGACCCAUAAAGGGAGCUGCACAUGCUUUGACCUUCAUUUUUCCAAUGCCUCGGGUGGCAUAAGCAUAUCUUAAAUGCAUUUCCUCUGUAAAGUGUCAAUGUUUCUUUCUCUAGGACAAGACUUACAAAAAUAUGCAAUUUUUUAUUUUAAGACUGUCCUGUGACUUGUACUCGUCUUCUCCUGAGGCUUGUGGAAAAAAACCUUUCUUAUGUACGUAAGAUUAUACAGAAGAUAGAAUAAAGUUAAUGCCAACUUGCUCA